AAUCCCUAAAAAAAAAAAAAAAGAAAAGAAAAAAGAAAAAAAAAGCCGCAUUGGAGGAGCCUGGCCGCAGGACCCCUCCUCCCUGGCGCCCCUCACCCCUCGCUCCCCCCUCCCCCCCCCCCCCCCCGCUCCCGGGCGCCCGCCUCCCUCCUUCACGGACUGUCUCCCGACUAGCCGGCUGAGAGCCCUUUUUGACUGCGAGCGGCGGUAGCGGAGCAGAGGCGGCGGCGCGGGACCUGCAGUCGCCCGGGAUUCCCUCCAGGUGACGAUGCUCUGGUUCUCCGGCGUCAGGGCUCUGGCUGAGCGUCCCUGCCGGCGCUCGCCCGGGAUUACCUGCUGCGUCUUGCUGCUGCUCAAUUGCUCGGGGGUCCCCAUGUCUCUGGCUUCCUCCUUCUUGACAGGUUCUGUUGCAAAGUGUGAAAAUGAAGGUGAAGUCCUCCAGAUUCCAUUUAUCACAGACAAUCCUUGUAUAAUGUGUGUCUGCUUGAACAAGGAAGUGACCUGUAAGAGAGAGAAGUGCCCCGUGCUGUCGAGAGACUGUGCCCUCGCCAUCAAGCAGAGGGGAGCCUGUUGUGAGCGGUGCAAAGGUUGCACCUAUGAAGGAAAUACCUAUAACAGCUCCUUCAGAUGGCAGAGUCCUGCACAACCCUGUGCUCUACGUCAGUGCCAGGAAGGUGUUGUCACAGAGUCUGAGCUGCGAUGUGUUGUUCAUUGUAAAAAUCCUUCCAAGCAUCUGGGAACGUGCUGCCCCACCUGUCCAGGCUGUGUGUUUGAGGGUGUGCAGUACCAAGAAGGGGAAGAAUUUCAGCCAGAAGGAAACAAAUGUACCAGGUGUUCCUGUGUUACUCUGGCAUCUCAAGACUGUGGUCUGGUCAACAGUGGCAGCAGCAACACCACCUGGACUCUUGUUGGUGUGCUUCUCAGACUUCCAUGUGUAUGUGAAUCAUCUGAGGAUCCUGAAAAUGCAGAUUUUGAUUCAGGAGGCAGGACACAGUGCGUGAGAGAAGUCUGUCCCAUUCUCUCCUGUCCUCAGCACCUUAGCCACACUCCCCCAGGACAGUGCUGCCCCAAAUGUUUGGGUCAGAGGAAAGUGUUUGACCUCCCAUUUGGAAGCUGCCUCUUUCGCAGUGACGUUUAUGACAAUGGAUCUUCAUUUCUCUACGAUAACUGCACUGCAUGCACCUGCCAGGACUCCACCGUGGUGUGUAAGAAGAAGUGCUCCCACCCUGGUGGCUGCGUCAGAGGGGAGGAGAUGUGUUGUGAAGAGUGCCUCCUGCGCAUGCCUCCGGAGGACAUCAAGGUGUGCAAGUUUGGCAACAAGAUUUUCCGGGAUGGAGAGAUGUGGUCCUCUGUUAACUGCACCAUCUGUGCUUGUGUGAAAGGCAAGACAGAGUGUCGAAAGAAGCAGUGCGUUCCCAUCAGCAGCUGCCCCCAGGGUAAAAUUCUCAACAGAAAAGGAUGCUGUCCUAUUUGCACUGAAAAGCCCGGCGUUUGCACGGUAUUCGGAGAUCCCCACUACAACACUUUUGACGGACGGACAUUUAACUUUCAGGGGACGUGUCAGUACGUUUUGACAAAAGACUGCUCCUCCCCUGCCUCGCCCUUCCAGGUGCUGGUGAAGAACGACGCACGCAGGACCCGGUCCUUCUCCUGGACCAAGUCGGUGGACCUGGUGCUGGGUGCCAGCACCGUCAGCCUCCAGCAGCACCUGACCGUGCGCUGGAAUGGCUCGCGCAUUGCGCUGCCCUGCCAGGCACCGCAGUUCCACAUCGACCUGGAUGGCUACCUCUUGAAAGUGACGACCAAAGCAGGUUUGGAAAUAUCCUGGGAUGGAGACAGUUUUGUUGAAGUCAUGGCUGCCCCCCAUCUCAAGGGCAAACUCUGUGGUCUUUGUGGCAACUACAAUGGACAUAAGCGUGAUGACUUAAUUGGUGGAGAUGGAAACUUCAAGUUUGAUGUGGAUGACUUUGCUGAGUCCUGGAGGGUAGAGUCCAAUGAGUUCUGCAACAGACCUCAGAGAAAACCAGUGCCUGAACUGUGUCAGGGGACGGUGAAGGUAAAGCUCCGAGCUCAUCGAGAAUGCCAGAAACUCAAAUCCUGGGAGUUUCAGACCUGCCACUCAACUGUGGACUAUGCCACUUUCUACCGGUCCUGCGUGACAGACAUGUGUGAAUGUCCAGUCCAUAAAAACUGUUACUGCGAGUCAUUCCUGGCAUAUACCCGGGCCUGCCAGAGAGAGGGCAUCAGUGUCCACUGGGAGCCUCAGCAGAACUGUGCAGCCACCCAGUGUAAGCACGGGGCUGUGUAUGAUACUUGCGGCCCAGGAUGUCCCAAGACCUGUGACAACUGGAAUGAGAUCGGUCCAUGCAAUAAGCCGUGCAUUGCAGGCUGCCACUGUCCAGCGAACUUGGUCCUUCACAAGGGAAGGUGCAUCAAGCCAGUCCUUUGUCCUCAGCGGUGACCUUUGUUCUGCUCCUAAGACUUUGAAACUUGGUGUCCUUGACACUGAAGUGGAAGAGCCAAUGAAGGACUGUAGUAUUUGUGUGCUGAUUCUUCACACACACACACACACACACACACACACACAGAGUAUAUAUGUGUACAUAUAUAGAUAGAUAUAUUCAGAAACAUCUCAUCAUUUAUAUAAACUAUAGGUGGAUUAUUAUAUGUAUAUUUUUUGCUAUAAGACAUGUAUUAUUUCUAGGAUCCUAACCUGUAAGCCAUUGGAUACAUUGUAUAAAUAAACCAGGUGUUUGUAAUUUAAUAAGGCAGCAUGCAGACAUAUUGGAUGGCUUUAACAUCACAUACAUUUGUCAUUUUUAAGAAGUUUUCUAAGAAACCUAAAUUGCCUGCCUGCAUUAAUUUGAGCUUUGAAUCAAGACUUGCAGUUGAGUGGAAAAUGUGUUUCUCUGGAGAAGGGCAAAAUUAUCUAGGGGCAUUUCAUGCUUCCAAGGAGAGGAAUGUGUGCCUGAGAGAGAUGGCUGGUGAUUGGUGACAGGCCCUAAUGGUGCAUGGAAAGCAAGGGAUAGGUUGUUAGACUUUAUUGGGUCAUAGACCGAUAUUAUUUCCAAAACCGAUUGGCUAGUUGCCAAGAAAUAUAUAUUUGUCAGUCGAGCAUAACCAAAGAAUUGAAUGGUUUCUCGCCAUCUUUGCAUAUUCCUUGAGUCACCUAAUUAUACAUGUGUGUAUGAUGGAUGUGUCCAUUUAUAUGUCACAGUGAGAUUAAAGAAUGGUUGGGUGACAUGUUAGUUUUAUGGAGCAUGAGCAGAUAUUUGGAGAAACUUUUGCACAACAUGUGAGAAAGAAGCCAUUUCUUUGAAUCUUAGAGCAAUUUAGGGUGGGCAAAUAUAAUGAGUGAUGUAAGCCAUUUACAUUGUGUGACUAUUCUAUGUGUAAAAUGAAAAUCAUUAAUUAUUUCUAGAGGAUUCCUAGCCCAGUGCUAUUUGGUGACUGUUAGUAUGUCAUAAUUAUUAUGCAGGAAAGCCUUUACUGACCAGUUGAUUUAACAUCAGGCCAAACAAAUCUGGUCUCUGUACUUGCUCUAAUUUACUGGUAGUUUACUACUGGUCAUCAUGUGAGCUUCCUGACUUUUGUUUUCAGUUGAAUAAGUGAAAAUGUCAACAAGACAAAACCCACUGAUGUCUAAAAAUACUAUGUUCUACAGUGUAGUAAAUAAAGGGCUUAAUACUUAAA